UCUAAAACAAAUAUUCAAAAUUAAUUAGCUUAUUCCUAUUCUGCUAUUAAAUGGAAUAAGAUUAAACCUAGGCUUAAUGCAGACUAGAGCUUUGCGCUAUCCCAAUGGGAUUGCCUCGUAGGAAUGCCAAUGACGGUCAUCAACGGAAUGUGGGUGUACGGUACCGACAUUAUGCAUCUGCCUAUGAUGCGUGACGCUUAAGCUAUAUAACCAUGAAGGCGAAAUCCCUCGACCGCGUGAUCGUGCUCACCAGCAUAGCUGGCAUCCUGCUGUCCACGUAUGCUUUGUACGUGGAGAUGGCGAUAGAAACACACCCUGGUUACAAGGCCCUUUGUGACAUCUCGGAGUACGCCAGCUGCUCUCGAGUUCUUUCUUCGGAGUUCUCAAAAGGAUUUGGAUUGCUACCGAAAGAUACUUCGCUUGAGAUCCCCAACUGCAUUUACGGAAUCGUCUUCUACUGCCUCAUUAUAUUUUUAACAACAUUUGAUCAGCUGCUGGUGGCCAGGCUGCUACUUCUAGUGACUGCAUCUUCUAUCCCCAUGUGCGUGUACCUGGCCUAUCUUCUGGCGUUUGUUCUUCACGACCUCUGCAUUGUUUGCGUGUCCACCUACAUCGUCAACGGCGCCCUUACCGUCCUUGUUUACAAGAAAAUGAAAGCGUUGACUGCUAAAAAAAAGUAAAAUGAUUCCUUCCUCAAUUUUCAAAAUGUUAUGGCUGUUUUAAUACCUCAAAAUGCAUUUGAUGUUAUAAAAUAAAGAGCUGUUAAUACCUGUUUUA